AUGCGAGAACUUGGUCGAAUGUUCCGCACAUACUGCCACAAACAACAUUCCCUCUGGCCCCAAUAUGUACCUUACAUAGAGUGGACAUUAAAUAACAUUCGCCACGAAUCGACGCAUCACACCCCCUCUGCCCUCUUCCUUCAAAACAAUCAACAUAAUCCCAUCACUCAAUUUAUACAAUUCCCUCAUGAAAAUUACCCUGUAGAUUUCAACAAACAGUUAAUAUUAGCACAAGAAGUACAACUCUCAAAAUCUGAAUACCGUAAGAAAUAUCACCAAGAACGUCUCAACCCCACCUUUUUCAAAAUAAAUGAUCUAGUCUUAGUCCGAACACAUAAACUCAGUAAUAAAAUCGACAAAAAAAUAUCUAAAUUUUUCUUAUUAUACGAUGGUCCCUUUAAAGUAAAAAAUUUCAAAAAAGUCAACGCCUAUGAGUUAGUUAACCCAGAUGAUGAUACGCCCCAUGGUACAUACAAUGUCAAUCAACUUAAACCAUACAUACCCCCAGUAAUUUAA